AAGAAACAAGAGCACCAAAGAAGCUGUUGGAAAAUAUUUUUUAACUUCACUCAUUUUUAAUAAUUGCAAAAGCAGCCCUUAAAGCUGUGAAACAAACCUGUGAUUUACUGCUCUGCACCAGACUGACAUUACAAAGCUGCUACUGCCACCUAUUGGCCAAAACUGGUAUUGUGCAAGAGCUUCUUCAGCCAAUAGCAGGUCAGACUUUUUAGUUGACUUUCUGACCUUUAAAGGGCAGUUAUAAAUAUAACAGUUGACUUUGAUCAGAUUAAACCCUGCAGUAGUUUUGUCUGCUGAUGAUGCUGGUUCAUAUCCUGAGAACAAAUAAAACUGAAACCUACCUCCACCAGAGUCUUGACCGGCGAGUCCGUUUGCCUGCACUAAGUGGACUUGAGUGACCAGAACAGGAUAGCCACACAUCCCGGUCCAGCAGGUCUUUGGAGGCUGGUCUAGAAUCAACUCCCUGCAGGACAGAGAGACAAAGACGGACAGAGAUAGGGUCAGACGACACGUCACUGAAGAUGCGGAGCAGGUAUUCUCCCUCCAGACCGGGGUCAAAGGUCGUGGGUAGGAUGACGUAUCGCCCCUCUUUCAGGUCAAUGCGUACGAACACAGACCUGGAGUUGAUGUAGGUGCUGCCACCGACCUUCUCCUGGGUAGCAUGCAUACGACGAUGCGUCUUCGGGUGUCCUCUUUGCAGCGGUCAGGCCAGAAGCGUCAGGAUGGAGAGCGUCUUCUUCUUCCUCACGAGUUUGUUUACCGACUCGAUUUCAACAACCAGGAUCUGAACUUCUCACGCUGGUACUUCUCCCUCACCGGCCACGGGCGCGUCACCAUCACGGGCAUCUGCCAACUCUGGACCCCCGACCUCACCAACCUGAUGACCCGUCAGCUGCUGGAGCCCAUCGGCACAUUUUGGAGAAACGCUAACGACCCCGAGGACGUCCCGCUCAAGUGGCUGGAGGCGGACAUGCAGGAGUUUGGGGAGAGGAUUGCUGAGCUGGCGAAGGUCAGGAAGGUUAUGUACUUCCUGUUUGCUUACAAGGAUGGCUCAGAUAAAGGGAAUCUCAGCUGCUCUGUGGAGUUCACACCACAGCAAUGACUUUAACUUCUUGUCUGUAGAAUCCAGGUAGAGUCCUCAAAUAGUAUGCAAUCUUAUGUUCAACCUUUGACCUUUAGAGCUAAGUGACAAUAUGUAAAGCUUUCAAAGACAUCCAUCAGCUGAUCCUCUCCUCUGAGAACAAACAGUCCACACUACAUCAUCAGUUCGCUCCAACGUUUAGUGCAAAGAACAAACUUUUAACUUCACUUCAGAAGUCAAAUCUGAUGAGCGCUUAUGACAAACCGGCUUUAAAUAAAGUAUUUUUCAUGGAUUAAAGCACACAUACUUAGAACAAGUGACACAUCCUUUGGUUGAACAACAUAAACAGGUAGAAAAUGUAUGAAUGCACUUUAUUCAGACUUGCCAUUAACUCAAAUUCUCACGGUUCCUGGUGCUACUCAAGAGAUUAAUGUAUCCAUAAAUCAUCUGAACCUUCAACCUCUGAAAACCAAACUUCAGUCCACUUGUAAAUGACUCCUGGCUUUACUGCUCAGCUGAAUGUUGUGAUGAUGUUUGAUGUGAUUCUAUGUUUAAUGACAGACUCUCUCUUCCAGUCAUUUCUGUCUUUGUUGUAGGAUUUUGUUUAUGCAAAAGUUAGACUCAAAACACAAACGGCUGUGAGUGGAAUAUCAAAUAUUCACAUUACAUGACUGUCGGCCUGACACAAAAAACAGAGAUCGAUGGAGUGACAAUCUAUUAAACAUUGACUGAAAGCUGUCUGUGUGUUCUCAUUGGUGUUACCGCACAGAGGGAGAGGAGAGGGAGAGGAAGGGGGAGAGAACAGAGAGUGAGACACAGAGGAAAUGAGGAGCAGAGGAGUCAUGUCAGGUUUGUUUAUGAAGCACAAAAAAAGGUUUUCUGAUGAGUCCUCCAAUUUAGGAGGACGGGAUGAUUCUGUGGUCAUUAUCGGGGAAAUCAAUUUGCACACACAAUCAUUAUUGUCCUCUCAUCUCCUGCUCUUUUAGUAACCUUAUUAUGGAGCAGGGAAAUAGGAAAGAAGGGAAGGGGGAGAGACGAUAAAGAGAGCGGGGAGGAAAGAAGAGAGGCGAUAUCUGUGAGGGAGAAAGAGAGACAGAAAAAGAAGGAUGAUUGGAAAACACAGCUUAUUGUUUG